AUGUCAUUCGUUGCUACCGCCUUCACUUCUUUGCUUGCCGUCCAGGCCGCUCAGGCCAUCCCUUUCUCUCGCCGUGCUGCAGCUGGUCUGAACACGGCUGCCCAGGCCGCUGGCCUUGAGUACUUUGGCUCUGCCACCGACAACCCGGAGCUUACCGACACCGACUAUGUUGCGGGUCUGAACAACACGGCCGAUUUCGGCCAGAUCACUCCGGGCAACUCGAUGAAGUGGGAUACCAUUGAGCCCUCUCGCGACAGCUUUUCUUAUACCAAGGGAGACGUCAUCGCCGAUCUUGCCGAGGCCAAUGGCCAGAAGCUGCGCUGCCACAACCUUGUGUGGUACAACCAGCUGCCCAACUGGGUCAAGACCGGUGGCUUCGACAAUGCUACCCUCGUGGAGAUCCUGAAGAACCACAUCACCAACGAGGUCACCCACUACAAGGGCCGCUGCGCCCACUGGGACGUCGUGAACGAGGCCCUUGACGACGAUGGCAACCACCGUGACUAUGUCUUCUACAACACCAUCGGCGAGGCCUACCUCCCCAUUGCCUUCGCUGCUGCUGCUGCCGCUGACCCCGAUGCCAAGCUGUACUACAACGACUACAGCAUUGAGUGGUCCGGCAACAAGCAGAAGGCUGCCAAGAAGAUUGUUGAGUUGAUCCAGUCCUAUGGUGUCAAGAUCGACGGUGUUGGUCUUCAGGCCCACUUCACUGUUGGCAACACCGUUUCGCAGGAUGCCUUGGAGGGCGUUAUCCAGGACUUCGCGUCGCUCGGCGUUGAGACCGCCAUCACUGAGCUCGACAUCCGCAUGGAGACCCCGGCUACCGACGCCAAGCUGGAGCAGCAGGCUACCGAUUACAAGACCAUCGUCAACGCCUGCCUGAACCAGAAGGAUUCUUGCAAGGGUAUCACCAUCUGGGACUACACUGACAAGUACUCAUGGGUGCCCUCGACCUUCUCCGGUUACGGUGCUGCCCUUCCUUGGGAUGAGAACUUGGAGAAGAAGCCUGCCUACGAUGCCAUCCUGUCUGCUCUCCAGAGCGCAGCUGGCACCAACAGCAGCAGUACGUCUACUCCCGCAGUUGAGACCACCGCUCCAGCUGCCACCACCCCCACCCCUGCCGCCACUAAGACUUCGAGCAGCGCAGUAGUCGCUACGUCGGCGACUUCGGUCGAGGUUGCGGAGACUCCUGUCGAGACUCCGGCGCAGACUCCCGCCGAGACCGCCGCCGAGACUCCUAGCUCCACGCCCGCUGCCUCCGGCUCUGCUUCUGGCAGCGCUGUCGCCAGGUACGGGCAGUGCGGCGGUGUGAACUACUCUGGCUCCACCGCCUGCGAGAGUGGCGCGACCUGCAAGGAGUGGAACAAAUAUUAUUUUCAAUGCAUCUAA